UGAGGGGCGGCCGGGCGGCUCCCCCAGGGGCGGCUUCAGCCGCCGGUCCUGCGCUCUUGCCCGGGGCCGCGGCUCUGGCGAGGGCUUUCCCGAGGGAAGCGGAGGUACCGCGGUCAGGGCCGAAGUCGUCGAAGCCGUUGGGGGAGCCCUGAGGUGUUGGGCGCUGGCAGCAGGCGGGCACGAGCAGCCGCUGGCGCCUUCGCCCCUCAGCCGUGGCGGGCCGCCAGUGACCGGGGCGAGGAGGCGAAGGUCGAGGCGGCCGGCUUGGGAGGAGACUUCCUGAAAGGCGGUUGUUUCACGUGGACAAACGCCGCAGCAGAUAGGUGUCUACACUUGGGAGGAGAAAUUGGGUUCCCAACCAAACACAGCUGUUCUCAUGCAAACUUCGGUAGUGCACCUGUAAUGAAAAGAUGGAUCUGGGAUCACAUUCCACACUAAAUGAACACCUCCAACAGACAGGAAUUCCAUCUGGAUCACAAGAUAAAGUUUCGGCUCCUGAUUCUGGACCAGCAAUGGCUGAACCUCGGGUUGCUGUGGCUCCUGUGGUAACAUCAAAGUUGUCUGUUAAAGCACCUGAGUUUUAUCCAUCAGGAUACAACCAGAACUUCAAUCAGAACUUCGCAUUCAUAUAUCUGCAGCACAAUUUGUGUGCACAUCAGGAGUGGGUGUUGAGCCUCAGUUUGGAUUCUUCCUUUGAAGAGAGAUAUGAUGGCUAUCUGACUUUGGCAGAAUAUGUACAAGACUUCCUGAAUCACCUCACCGAGCAACCAGGUUGUUUUGAAACUGAAAUAGAGCAGUUUGCCGAAACACUGAAUGGCUGGGUCACUGCAGAUGAAGCUUUACAAGAACUUGUUGAACUCAUCUAUCAGCAGGCCACAUCUGUCCCAAAUUUUUCCUACAUGGGAGCACGGUUGUGUAACUAUCUAUCUCACCAUCUAACCAUUAGCCCACAAAGUGGGAACUUCCGACAGUUGUUACUUCAAAGGUGUCGAACGGAGUAUGAAAACAGGGAUGAAGCUACCAGAGGAGAUGAGACUACUCGAAAACAAUUUCAUGCCUUUGUGUUGUUCUUAGCUGAACUUUACCUUAACCUAGAGAUUAAAGGAACAAAGGGACAGGUAAUGCGAGCAGAAAUUCUUCAAGAAGGCCUUCGGGAAUUACUAAAUGCACUCUUCUCUAAUCCUGUGGACAGUAAUUUGAUAUGUGCAGUGAAACUGCUGAAGUUGACAGGCUCAGUUUUAGAAGAUGCCUGGAAAGAAAAAGGAAAGAAUGAUAUGGAGGAAAUGAUUCAGAGAAUUGAAAAUGUUGUGUUGGAUGCAAACUGUAGCAGUGCUUCUCUUUAUUUCAGAGAUGUGAAACAUACGCUUCUGAAACUAGUAGAACUGCGAUCAAGUAACUGGGGUAGAGUUCAUGGAACUUCUCCACAUAGAGAAGCUACCCCUGAAAAUGACCCAAACUAUUUUAUGAAUGAACCAACAUUUUACACUUCUGAUGGCGUUCCUUUCACUGCAGCAGAUCCAGAUUACCAAGAAAAAUAUCAAGAGCUGCUUGAAAGAGAGGAUUUCUUUCCAGAUUAUGAAGAAAAUGGAACAGAUCUAUUGGCACCUGGAGAUCCGUAUUUUGAUUACAUUGAUGACGAGAUGGAUCCAGAAAUUGAAGAAGCAUUUGAGAAGUUCUGUCUAGAAUCAGAACAUAAGAGAAAACAGUGAGAUGUUGCACACUAACAUUAGUUUAUUAAGCCAGUUUAGGUAUGGUUAGAACACGGGGAUAUAAAACAUUUGUACCAAAAUAAGGAACUUGAGUUUCUCCAAGUACUAAAGGUAUACAAUUUCCAUUUUGUUUAACAGAAUCUGCCAAAAAUUGUAAACUUAUGCCCUGUAACUUAAAAUGUUGUGUAUAUAUCAUAGUUUAUUUUAUGUACAGGUAUAUGAACAAUGUUUUGGCUGCAAUAAAAAUUAUUUUAGAAUUAUCAUAACUGAAAUUAAAAUUGACUGGGAACUGCCCCAUAAAAUUUGCCUUGAGGGAGAAAGGGGAAGAAUAACUUGAUUAAAUUUAAUUGCUUGCUUGCUUGCUUGCUUGUUCUAGUAUAUAUUGGGAUUUAAUCAUUCUUUUUACCAGGAUACCUAGUUUUAGGUUUUGGUUUGUGGGGUUUCUUGGGGCUUUUGGGUUGUU